GCGGCGGACUUUCUAAACGCGUGUGUUGGCAAGCCUUUUACCCACGAAUGGAUGUCAGAGUGCAUGGUGUAAGUUUUGUGAGCACGUUUUUCGAGUGAGUGUAUUGUAUAGUGCGAGUAGGGUUUGUGGGUCAGUGUUAAAUUGUAGGCGCAACUGUGUGCAGGAAGUGAAAAUCGAUACGGGACACUCUGUGGAACAAAUAUGCCAAGGAGCAAAGCUACGGAAGAAACUGAUAAACUUACAAGAAUUGCUAUUGUAACAGCUGAUAAGUGCAAGCCUAAACGCUGUCGUCAAGAAUGCAAGAAGUCGUGUCCUGUUGUGCGAAUGGGGAAAUUAUGUAUUGAGGUGACAUCCAAUGACAAAAUUGCAUCAAUUUCUGAAGAAUUAUGUAUUGGGUGUGGAAUCUGUGUAAAGAAAUGUCCAUUUGAGGCUAUUAACAUCAUUAAUUUGCCAAGUAACCUAGAAAAGGACACAACACAUCGUUACUCUCAGAAUUCCUUCAAGUUACACAGACUUCCAAUUCCUCGUCCAGGAGAAGUUCUUGGGUUAGUGGGUACAAAUGGAAUCGGAAAAUCAACAGCAUUAAAAAUAUUGGCUGGAAAACAGAAACCAAACUUGGGACGGUACUCAGAUCCACCUGACUGGACUGAGAUACUGAAUCAUUUUAGAGGUUCAGAAUUACAGAAUUACUUCACAAAAAUUCUAGAAGAUCAUUUGAAGGCACUUAUUAAACCUCAGUAUGUUGAUCAGAUACCAAAAGCAGUUAAAGGCACAGUAGAUGACCUACUAAAUAAAAAAGAUGAUCGAGGAAACCAGGCAGAGAUAUGCAAUCUCUUAGGUAAGGUUAUUCCCAUUAAAAUAUCUUUAUUUCAGGAUGACUCCUGUCCUGCUUUACGUAGGUGCUUGUCCAAGCAUCAGCAGUUAACGGUGUGCCUCUUCAUGAUUUGUGGUGGUGUUUCUACUAACGUGUUCACGUUACAGUCAGCAUAAUGACAGUAGUUAACU